CGUCGUCCGCCCUCGGAGCCGGAGCCUCCGCCGCUGCUGCCGUUCACCUCUCGCAGUUCCAGCCCUCAUCUCCUCGCCUCGCCUCUGCCCUUCCCGCCUCCCUUUGGCGAGGCCAUGGCGGAGCCGUCGGCGGCCACCCAGUCCCCGUCCAUCUCGUCCUCGUCGUCCGGGGCCGAUGCCUCCGGGGCCGCGGCGGGCGGCGGGGGAAGCCCUGGGGCCUGCCCAGGCCUAGGGGGCAAAAGCUGCGCCUCGUCCUGUGCGGAUUCCUUUGUUUCUUCCUCUCAGCCUGUAUCUCUAUUUUCGACCUCACAAGAGAGAUUGAACUCACUAGGCUCUGAUAAGGGCACAUCAGAAAUCACGACUUCUUUUUCUUCAUCUUCUGAAAUCCUCAACACUGACACGAUACUACUUGAAGAAAAACAUCAAGUAUUAGACAUCCAGCCUGUUUUGUCAAAAGAAGGAAAAGACAAUUUUGCUGGUGCUGCUAGUAAAAAGAUGGAGAGAAUUAAUGGGACCAGUGGAGCUUCUGCAAUCGAAGCUCCACCUGUUGGCACAGAAGCAGAAGUACACUGUGAUCGUCCGUGCAUUCCAACCAGUUUUCCUGAACAUCCUCCCUUUCUUACCAAGGAAAUGGGUCCAACUAAGCAUCAUGUUAGUAAAGACCAAGGACCAAGGAACCAAAAUGAGUUAUCUGCUAGGGAUAAUGAAGCUGCUUCAGAUGCUGAUGUCACGUUCACUUUGCUAAAAGGCCAGAAGCCGCAUACCAAACAGUCUGAGGCAGAAGGCAUCAGGAAUCAUUCUUUGUCUCCAUCUGAAGUUUCUGGUGUUGUCAAUGUUGAAAAAGAUUCUCCUGAAUCCCCAUUUGAAGUCAUCAUUGACAAAGCAACAUUUGACCAGGAGUUUAAAGACUCCUAUCGGGAGAGCACUAGUGAACCUGGUAGCUGGGCAAUGCAUACUGACCGUGAGAUAACUACCAGUAACUCACGGGACAGUAACAGAAUAUUCUCACUGAGAAACCAGGAGGAAAGACAUCCAGCCUCUGCCUUGCUCACCCGACAGUUUUCACGAACUACUGCAGCCCUAGAAGAGGUAUCUCGGUGUGUAAGUGACAUGCAUAACUUCACCAACGAAGUAUUGACUUGGGAUUUAGUUUCCCAAGUAAAACAGCCAGAAAAAUUUUCUGAAAACCUUGCUCAAGCUUCAAGUUUAGAUGGAGAUGAAUAUGCUUCAGAAACUUCAGCCUCACAUCCUAAAAUAUGUCCUCAUCAGAACAUUCAGAAAAUCCCUGUACAUUCCAUUCAUGAGAGCAAUCCUAGCACUGAAUCAAGAGUAGCCCUCUCUGAAAAAGCUUCACCUGACAGUAUUGACUCUGCAAGGAAAGUCAGCUUGGAAGAUUUGGGAAAGAGUGUGCCUAAAGGAGGUGGCACCCUUAUCAGGUUACCUGAAUCUCGAGGUGGAAAAUGUGCAUCAUUGGGCCUUGAAGAGAUUACUGAAAAGGUAGUUUUACCUGAUGACCCUCUGAAGGUUGAUCUAAAUGGGGAGAAUUCUUUACUAGUAGAAAUGAUGGAAGCUGAUAGUUCUGGUGAAUCUGACGACACUGUCAUUGAAGAUAUUACAGCGGAUAUGUCAUUUGAAAGUGAUAAAAGAGAAUCUGAGAUGCUUUCAUGUGAAGCUACUGGUGGUGUCACAAUUCAGGCAGAGAAACUUAUUUCUGUUCCGAAUCCCAUAAUAGAAGCAGAUGAAAGAGAAAUCAAGGAUAAAUACAGUCAGAAUGUCAGCAAUAAGACACGUAACCAUUGCAGAGAGGCUGUUGAUGACUUUGAAACCUUACAAGCUCAGUCAGAUAUUCUUGAAGAAAGUCCAGUUAGUGAAAUUUCAUGUCCAAAGAUAACCACCACUGAUUCUGCAACAAAAUAUGUGAAGCCGUUGGGCAACUUGAAUGAAAUUCUUCCCCUAAAACCUCUUAAAACUGAGCAACCCAGGCUUUCUCCAGGAGAAUCUUCGAGAAUGUUAAGAGAAGACUCCUUGAGGGAGAAUAAAAGUGGUGACUCCCCAGAAGACCUUAUAGCCACCCUUUCAGAAAUCCAAACAAAUAAAGCAUUAGCUGAAGUAAAUGCCUUUGAAGCAACAGCAGAAAAGGACACAAAUUUGAAAACAACUUUUCCUGUGGGAGUUUUGUUUGGAGUUGAAGAUGCUGACCACAAAUGCACUGUACCAAACAAAAGCACCAAUGGCAAUCAAUUCCAGAAUACUUUUUCCAUUCAAAGUGCUCCAGUAGCAUCUUUAGAUUUAGAACAGGAGCAGCUUACCAUUAAGGCCCUUAAAGAAUUAGGUGGGAAACUAGAUGACAGGAUAAAGGCUUCACAAGAGGAAGUAAAAGCCCCGAUAGCAAAAAACUUCAUACAAACCUCCACGGAAAUUGUCACCUCGACAUUUGCUCCAGAAUCACCUUGGCCAGAGAGAUCACAUGAUAUCCUGAGGGAGAGAAAUGUCAAGACUGCCUCUGACCCUGACUUUGGGAUUACACAAGAACCUACUGGAGUAGGAAUAAUAUCCAGCCUUCUUAGCAAGACUGAACAGGUUAAUGAGCAUUUCCUAACAAGACUUCUGACUGACUUCUCAGUGCAUGAUCUCAUCUUCUGGCGGGAUGUCAAGAAGACUGGCCUUGUCUUUGGCACCACAUUGAUCAUGCUGCUCUCCCUAGCAGCAUUCAGUGUCAUCAGUGUGGCUUCUUACCUCAUCUUGGCCCUUCUCUCUGUCACUAUCAGCUUCAGAAUCUACAAGUCUGUCAUCCAAGCUGUACAGAAGUCAGAAGAGGGCCACCCAUUCAAAGCCUACCUGGAUGUGGACAUUGCUUUGUCCUCAGAAGCUUUCCAUAAUUAUGUGAAUGCUGCUAUGGUGCAUGUCAACAAGGCUCUUAAGCUCAUCAUUCGGCUCUUUCUGGUGGAAGAUCUGGUGGAUUCCUUAAAGCUGGCUGUCUUCAUGUGGCUAAUGACCUACGUGGGUGCUGUCUUCAAUGGUAUUACCCUUCUGAUUCUUGCUGAGCUGCUGGUCUUCAGUGUUCCAAUUGUGUAUGAAAAGUAUAAGACGCAGAUUGACCAUUAUGUUGGCAUUGCUCGUGAUCAGACCAAGGCAGUUGUUGCAAAGAUCCAAGCAAAACUUCCUGGCAUCGCAAAGAAAAAGGCAGAGUAACAGCUCAGAAACUGGAAAACCAACAGUUACUAAAACACCAUUUAAUAGUUAUAACCAUUGUUACUUGUACCUAUGGAGGA